AUGGCUCGUGUACAACGUCCAACUGCCAUGGGAGAAGAAAACCGCCGUGUGCUUUGCCUUUUCCUUCCCACGCUAGCUAUCGCUCGCACGAUCUGGCGACUAUGCGAAAUACAUCACUUCUUCGACCGCGGCGCUGAUGUCACCUUCGAGAACUGGCUGCCGACGAUCGCAACCUUGCUGGAGGUUUUCUUCAGCGUCUUCUCCGCGUGCGUCCUGCACUUGCGUCCUUUUAUGGAAUCCAUCCAGGCAGGCUAUCUUUCCGGCGUGAUCCAGGAAGGCGACGGACGAUUCGGCUAUGGCAAUGACAGCUAUCUGAUGGGCAAGAUGUCGCAAAGUAACACCGGUUCAGUCACUCGAAGUCACGCCCUGAAAAGCGAGGUGCGGGUCGAGAGUCUCGACCUCCCACGCCAGGGAGCCACUAUCGGACAGACGAACGAUUCAGCAGGCCAUGGAAUUGGACAAGCUCUGACGAGUACCAGGCGUGUCGUGAUGAAUAAAGUCUCCGUGGGAAGGCCGGUAAGGGACUUUAGCCCAGAGAGACAUCGCAGCGAGAGUACUACCUCGGAGGGGGGCAGGAGCCAUGGCAGUGAUGGGAGCAAGGCCAUGAUUAUCAAGACCACGAAGGAAUGGAGCGUGAGUUAUCAGGACGUUUGA